CACAAUGCCCACGGCUACUACCCCUACGGGCAGUUCCAGUACGGGGACCCGGGGCGGCCCAAGAACGCCACCCGCGAGAGCACCAGCACGCUCAAGGCCUGGCUCAACGAGCACCGCAAGAACCCCUACCCCACCAAGGGCGAGAAGAUCAUGCUGGCCAUCAUCACCAAGAUGACCCUCACGCAGGUCUCCACCUGGUUCGCCAACGCCCGGCGCCGGCUCAAGAAGGAGAACAAGGUGACCUGGGGCUCGCGGAGCAAGGACCAGGAGGACCCCGCGCUCUUCGGCAGCGACACGGAGGGCGACCCCGAGAAGACGGAGGACGACGAGGAGAUCGACCUGGAGAGCAUCGACAUCGACAAGAUUGACGAGAACGACGGCGAGCAGAGCAACGAGGACGACGAGGACAAGGCGGAGCUGCUGCGGCCGGCCGGGCACGCCGACCCGCUGGGCAAGGACAAGGAGCCCGACGGGCUCAAGCCCCGGCCGCCGCCUGCCGCCGCCGCGCCGGUGGCCCCCGCGGCCCCGCAGCUGCAGCACCCCGCCUUCCUCUCCAGCCACGGACUCUACACCUGCCAGAUCGGCAAGUUCCACAACUGGACAAACGGGGCUUUCCUCACGCAGAGCUCCCUCUUGAACGUGCGCUCCCUCUUGGGGGUAAACCACCACCACGCGGCCCAUCACAACCACCACCUCCAAGCCCAGCAGCAGCAGCAGCCGGCCGUGCUGGCGGCCACCCUGGGGGCCCUGAGCGGCGACAAGGCUUCAGAGCGGACCAGCCCCAAGCACAUAGAAAGAGAAAAUGUACCAAGAACUGAUUCCCCACCUCCGCAGUUAAAAUCGCCUUUCCAGCCUGUCCGUGACAACUCUUUGGCUCAGCAAGAGGGAACACCGCGAAUUUUAACAGCUCUCCCUUCUGCUUGAUUUAAAUGGUUCCGUGAAAAAAAAAAAUUACAGAGACUGGUAUAAAGGACACAAAAAAAAAAAAAAAAAAAAA